AUGUCUGAAUUCACACUUGAAGAACUUGCAAAACAUAAAACUAAAGAUUCUUUAUAUGUUUCAAUUGGUGGAAAAGUUUAUGACGUUACAAAUUUUAUUGACGAGCAUCCAGGUGGAGAAGAAGUCUUACUUGAUGAAGGAGGUAAAGAUGCAACUGAAGCUUUUGAAGAUGUUGGUCAUUCGGAUGAAGCUCGAGAACUUUUAAAAGGGUUUGAAAUUGGCGGUCAACCACCACCAUCAACUCCAAAAACAACUCCAUCUUAUCCAAAUGCACCCAAAUUAGAACCAACAAGGUUUGAAAAUAAUCCAACAAAAUUACAGUCACAAUUUAUGUGA